UGGCGAGCGUCGCGUUUGAAGCGCACGUGUAAACGAAACAGUAGCGCAAAAGGGGCAGACGGGAGACCCAAAAAGAAAUAACAUAAAGCAAAAUCGAAAAGAAAAAAAAAAGUAUAUAAUGUACAGUGGCGUGCCUGACAAAUACAAAAACAAUUGAAAUUAAUUUACGCGCCGCUGCCCAUCUGCAUAAGUUCAAUGAAGGAGGCAAAAGCAGAGUGAAACAAAACAGCGCAAACAUACAGUGAGUGAGUCGGUCGUCCCCUCUCGUUUACACCGUCCCCCCUCCUGGUGAAUGUCAGUCCGAAAAGGAAGAAAGUGCAACACAAAAUCGAAUUCAAUUACACACAAAAUACAAAAUAAAAAUAAAAUAAAACCGCAAACGAUUUAAAGAAGAAUCCAAAAACAAUUUCAAAUCAAAGAAGAAAAGUUUUCUUGGGCUCAAGUUUUCUUCAAUUUUCCCAGUGGAAUGUUGUGUUUUCAUUCAUGAAUUGCGUUCUGUGCCGAUGCUUUUCCACUUGUCAAUUGCUACGUCGCAUUGUCUUGGUCCAUAUGCGCCGCCACUCGUAUUCUGCGUCUUAGGGCGAACAAUAUUAUUAGUAACUAUAGCAACAGCAACAGCAACAAACUUUCGACAACAAAGACCAGCCAAAGCAUCGAAACGAAACCAAACGAAAGAAAGAAAGAACUUUCCGGGCGCAUCGCGUGUGUGAGCAUCGUCAUUUGGGAGCGCAGUCAACAGAGCUAUAGAACCUCUCCCGAAGAACCACUUAAAUAUGACACUCUUGCCAGAUAUCAAACCCUCGGAUGCCGCCUGCUGUGGCGGUGGGGCAAGCAGUGAUGCCAGCAGCACCUCCGGUGCCAGCAGUCACAAGAGACACCACCAGGGCAAACAUCACGACAGUGGCUGUCUGGGCAUUAAUUGCUGCACCACAGCCGCCAGCUCGGAGCUGUCCAUCGAUGAGACAUCGUCCACAUCGUCCCGGGGUUCGGAUGCCCUGGCAGCCAAGUUGAACAACAAUUUGAAUGUCUUCCAGAGGCCCAACUAUCUUGAGGGCAUGUCGCAUGCCAAUUUCGAUCCUUGCGAGCCAGUCAAUAUUGAGUUUUCCGAUGUGCGAUAUCAAGUGAAAAAGUUCUCAUUUCCAGAACGAAAAUUUGUCACCAAGGAAAUCCUUCAUGGUCUGAAUGGUAGUUUUCGUGCUGGGGAACUGACAGCCAUCAUGGGUCCCUCGGGUGCGGGCAAGAGCACCCUGUUAAAUGUCAUGUCUGGCUUCUGCGCCACUGGUGUGUCGGGCAAUAUUCGAGUUAAUGGCAAGCCCAUGGCGCCCAGCUCUGACAGAUUCCGUCAAAUGUUGUGCUACAUUCAUCAGGACGAUCUGUUGCGUCCCCAGUUAAUGGUGGGCGAAAUAAUGCUCCUAGCUGCACAUCUUAAGCUGGGUUUUAAGGUCAGCAAGGCCUACAAAUUGGAUUUGAUUAAGCACAUCUUAUCGCUGCUGGGCAUGGAGCAUCGGUAUAAUGUGCAUACGGCAAAGCUUUCGGGUGGCCAGAAGAAACGUCUCGCCAUUGCCCUGGAGCUGAUAAGUAAUCCUCCAGUACUCUAUCUGGAUGAGCCAACGACUGGUCUGGACAGCUCUUCGUGCAGUUCUUGCGUGGCGCUGCUGAAGAAACUCGCCUCCCAGGGCCACACCAUUGUUUGCACCAUUCAUCAGCCUAGUGCUUUGAUAUUUGAGAUGUUUGACAAGCUCUAUACGGUGGUCGAUGGUCACUGCAUGUACCAGGGACCAGUGCGAGAGCUGGUGCCAUUCCUUGCCGAACAGCAGCUCGUCUGUCCCAGCUAUCACAAUCCAGCUGAUUAUCUGCUGGAGGUGGCCGUCGGCGAGCAUCAACGUGAUCUGAAUGAAUUGAUCCAUGCGGCGAAUAAAAAGUAUUACGAGGAUGUGGAUCGAUAUCGUUAUAUGAACAGUGCGGAGGUCUCACGGCUCAUGGCAAAAAUAUCAGACAACAUUGGCGGCAAAGAGCUGAGCACUUCGAGUCAAAUGUUGCCAACAGUUGCGCUGGCGCAAUUCUCCAGCUACGACUAUGUAAAACCGGCACAGCAGGAACUGGCGCUGGAGGAGAUCAAGGCACUCAAUGGCUCCACCGAGUUGGAGUUGGUGGAUCAAGAGCAAUCGGAGAAUCAGCAACAGCAACAGCAGCAGCAGCAGCAGCAGCCGCUGCCACUCGCCAAUGUCAAAGCAACCGUCAAAGAGCUUGCCAAGCCAACGAAUGCCACCAGCUCGGCCUCGUUCCUCAUGCAAUAUAUGCUCCUGAUGCAACGCAUCUUGAUCUGUGCCCGUCGCAGCUACUUUCUGCUGCUGGCCCGGAUCUUUUCGCACAUUUUCAUUGGCGUUGUCUUUGGCUAUCUCUACCUGAAUGUGGGCAACAAUGCACAGAGCGUGCUGGGCAAUUACGUCUAUCUGUACGGUUCGACACUGCUCUUGGUCUACACGGGCAAAAUGGCGGUGGUCUUGACAUUUCCGCUGGAAAUUGACAUGCUGACAAGGGAGCACUUUAACCGCUGGUAUAAGCUCGGUCCGUACUUCCUAUCGCUGAUCUCCUUCGAGAUACCCUUCCAGAGCCUCUGCACCGCCCUGUACAUCAUCAUCAGCGUACAUUUGACGGGCAACGAUAGCGUCGAGUCUUUUCGCAUUUACUACUUUAUGCUGCUGGGAAUAAUGGCUUCGUUGAGUGCCCAGGCCUGGGGCUUCUUCGUGGGAGCCACCAUGCCAACAAAGCUUGCCGUGUUUCUGGGACCCAUAUUGGCGGUGAUGUUCUCCGUGUUUGGCUUCUGUACGCGAUACAUUGACAUUACACCGCUGUUCCGUUGGAUGUGGCAUCUGAGCUAUUUCCGGGCCGGAUUCCAUGGUGCUUUGAAUGCCAUCUAUGGGAUGGAUCGCGCUUUCCUCGAGUGUCCAGAGAACACGAUGUACUGUCAUUUUCGGAGUCCCAAAGUGUUUCUCAAGUACAUGAUGAUCUCGGACGUGCACAUGUCCGACUGUCUGCUGCUGAUGGGCAUUGUGAUCGGUGUGAUGCAUGUCCUGACCAUCCUCACGCUCUGGCACAAGCUGAACAAACGAUAGGAGCUAGGUCCUACACAUACUAUGUUUAAAUCGCCUACGUGUACGUUCUUAAGUCUACGUUUUAUUCCUUAUGUACAUAAUUGGGUGUGUCUAUCAACAAACUCUCUGUUUUUAAUUCCCUGUAUCUUUAGUUAAGUCUUUAAUUUACAUAAUACCUAUUUCGUCAGCGUUUUCUUGGCUCAUUUUUAUAUCGAUCGACCCAAUCGUUCAUGUUGAAGCUAGCUUAGUUAUUUAUUUAAAUAUUCAUUGAUACAAGAAGGCUUUAGGGUAGCUUAUUCCAGUUUAAGUGCUGAAUACCAAAAAAAAACAAAAACAAAUCCACAAAAAUUACCCAUAAACAAUAUCAAUCGCCCAGUUUCCAUUUUAGCAAUCAAAACUUGCCAUUUUCCAUACGAAAAACCCAAAACUCAUCCAACGAGCUGGGACUCCCUCCUCGUACAGGGAUCCGGGCUAUGCCAAAUCUUGAAUAUCAUCAUCUAAGCUCGUAAGGUUCCGGCACAACAAAGAUACAUUUGUGAUCCACAUUUUUGUUUUGUCUCUUUAGUGUUUAUGUAGCUUUAGUUUUACUCCUAAGUUCGAAUUUUAUGUUUAAAACGGCUGAUGAUGAUCGAAAUUUCUUAUGUCUUAUGUGUAUAGCAAAUCUUUUAGAUUAUAUUUUGAUUUGUUUUAGUUUCUUAAAUA